CUGAAACGUCAUCGUGGCAAGAAGCAUGCACAUUGUCGUCUGUGGGGGAGGCGUCAUUGGGUGUACGUUGGCAUACUACUUGGUCCAUUCGCCAGAUUUCAACGAAGGCGACAAGGUCACAGUGGUGGAGGAAGUGGGAAUCGCGGCGGCUGCGUCUGGGAAGGCCGGGGGGUUCCUAGCCUCAGACUGGUGCCAAGGCGAGGAUGUCGACGCACUGUGCCAGCUCAGUUUUCUUCUCCAUGAAGAGCUUGCCGCCUCUCUUGACGGGAAAAAGUUGUACAACUAUCGACGUGUCGACACCAUAUCAUGUCUCGUGUCGAAUAAGUCUGCUGGCGACGGUGACAACGACGACGUACCAAGCUGGGUCCACGCCAAAGUGACUCGAUCCCAUUCGAUCGGAACCACCGCAACGAAUGCCCAAUUGCACCCUCGAAAGUUCACCGACACAAUGAUGCGUCUGGCGACGCAGUCUGGACACGCGCAUCUCGUGCGUGGCUCCGUUGAAGGGCUUGUUCACGCAGAUGCUGGGCACUGCGGCGGCGUUCGCUUAACGGACGGAUCCACUAUCGCUGCCGACGCUGUCGUGCUAGCCAUGGGUCCAUGGACGUUGCAAGCCCUUACCAAGUGGGCCACAUACCCCGCCAUCGCUCCCGCUGACGUGUACAAAAUCCACAGUGUCGUGGUGCAACCUCACGACACGUUUGGUCCUGGGGUUGUCUUUGGAGAAAUCGGCAGCAGAAAUCCCCGCGACGUAGAGAUCGUGCCUAGACCGGACGGCACCGUGUAUGCAUGUGGUCCGCGUGUGACGGAGCCGCUGCCGCCAUCGGCGGCGCAGGUGCACCCGAGUCCUGAAGGGAUUGCGCAAGUGCUGGCCGACCUCGGUGUGUUUACACAAACUUCGUUUGAUGAGUCCCAAGUUAUAGCCAAGCAGGCGUGUUACUUGCCAGCUACCAAGGACAACAUCCCUGUCAUCGGACGCGUCCACGACGGGCUAUUCGUCGCCACAGGACACAACUGCUGGGGCGUGCUGAAUGCACCUGGCACGGCCGUCGCCAUGUCGGAGCUCCUCUUGACUGGGGCUGCAACGUCCCUGGACUUGGAUCUGUUUUCACCGACACGGCAUAUUACUACUACCGUAGUGCAUAAGUAGCGUCGUAACUUCUCGCUGGGAUCUCAAUCGUUCAAUGUAUGUGUGUAUUUCAAACGGAUGUGCGAAUAUGGAAUCUCCAUACUAGUACACAGAAU